UGAAAGAGAGAAAAGAAGAAGAACAGCAUGCUGUACAGCUUGUCGGAGCAGUUCCUUCCGUCCUCGGGGCAAUCGGAGGACGAAACAAGCUGUUUGAGCCUGCCAAGUGCGCCGCCACCAUCUCGUCAACGCAGCACAGCGGACGAGGUGCAUCUUAAACGGCGGAGCCUCAGAUUCCUACUCUGCGUCCUCGCUCUGGGCUUCGCGAUGAGCGCUACGGCGGUCGUGCUCGAGCUGUCCUACAGAUACGUGAACAUCAACGACGUGGCCUCGAGGAGUGGCCACCAAGGAGGGGAGCGGCCGGACCACGGCGCGGGCAUCAUGGCGGUGCCGUCCAAUGCGACCACUGGCCAGCCUUCCUCGACAGCGUUGCACGCGCCGUAUUCGCUACGAAAGCAGAGUAUCCGCGCUCGAAGGUGCGGCGCAGUAUUGUACACCUACUGCACGCGUCCCUCCCGUCGCUACUACUACAAGCGCAGCGAGGGUCUGUGCACAGCUGCCACCGACGACAGCGCGCACGUGUGCAGCAAGGGCGCCAACAGGUUCGCAUCGAUGGCCGCCUGCCGAAGGUCCUGUCUGCCAGGCGGCCCAGCACGCAGAUGCCAGCAGAGUGCGCUGUUCGGGGCGUGCGAAAGGGCAGAUAUGAAGCGGCCGCUGUGGUUCUUCAACGGCACCCACUGCUUCGAGUGGAGCUAUCCGCUCGGCCAGUGUCCGGCACCGGACCCGCCGGCGUUCCGGUCGCGCAGAGAGUGCCGCAAGCUGUGCCGCGUGCAGCGGCGCCGAUGCCGGCCGCCCGAAGCCACCGAGCACUGCAGCGCGCGCCUCCUGCGCUACCCGGUGUUCGCCGCUUCGACGCCAGGCGUCGGGCUGGCCUGCUUGCGCGUCGGGCCUGCGUCGCUGCUGCCGUACCGGUGCUUGCGCGGCGCCAACACGUUCCGUUCGGCAAAGGCCUGCGAAAGACUGUGCGCACGUGACCGAACGGACUGAUCGAGCGGGUCCCUCGGGGCACGUCAUUACCGUCACUUAGCAACUAGCCGAGUCAUCCUUUUCUUGUCGCACAACGCUUCUUGAUCGCAGGGAUGGCGCGAUUUACUUAGCGUCCAACUUAAUUUCUUCAGGUACUGAAUUUUAUCUUUGGUUGCAUAAAGUUAAAAAUUGGCGUAUAAAGGCAAGGCCCAAUGCAACUUUUAAACUGGCGUGCAACACUUGUCUUUUAUUGUAGAAGAAGGGCUGUUUACAUGUCACCGCUAUCGGGCUAGCUAUUACGCUAGCCACAAAAUGUAAAAUAAACGAACGUUUACAGAAAAAAAA